CAGAGACUUUCUUUAAAGAUUUCUUCAAGAUAUUUAAGGAAUUUUAGGUGUUUUUUAUACAAUUUAUCAAAUGAAGAGAUUUUAAAAUUAAGUUUAAUUCCACUUUAAGGUGGGUAAAGGAUGGAAUACCGUUUGCACAUUUUUGGCACGCGAGCCACGUCAAAGCCCAUGCAAAUUUGUCUUGACGUCAUCAGUGACGCUCAAAGUGAUUGGCGGAUUUCAGAACGUGACGUAUUUUGAGAAAGGACCCAACUUCCGCAUUAAGCGUCGCGUCUGUCUGCAUCUCCUAAAGCUAUGUCGGGUUUCCAGAAGAUUUUAAUUUUUUUUAAGGACAUUUAUAUAUUCUGAUAAGUUUAGUGCAUUAGUGCUGAAUGUUGCAUUGGACUAUGAACAGAAAGUGUUUUUGCAUAAACAGUCGGGGUUUUGUUCCCCAACGUAAACAACAAAAAACACACAACUAAAUAUAAAGAAUCCAGGAAAUGACCCGUUAAUAAACCGUUAAUGCGUAAUCACAAAUCACGUGAUUAACCCUUAUCCGAGAUGACAUCUGAGACGAAUGCAUUUUUAAAUAUAUAUUUAUAUAAAUCGGGCCAGGGGGAAACGGAUUGGAAACGGUCAAUUUACUCGUCGUGAUGUCAGCGAGUUUUAGGUGCUCGCCGAGAAUGCCUGAGUAGUUGCGGUCUGGCUCUGCCUCACCAAUGACGGUCUCUCCAUGUUGCAUGUCCUUCAGUUCGGCGUGUGGCUUCUUAAAUUGCCAUCACGGAUCCCGAGUUGGAAGCAAAGCGAGCCGGUGGGCUGCUCUUCCUGCGGCUCGCAGUCGGUCAAGCCGCGGUGCUGUCGCGCCAAGCGCGCGGAGCUGUCCAACAACUUUAUGCGCGACAUGGAGUGCCGAGUGCUGUCCAUCCAGAGUCAUGUAGUGAGGGGCUACGUGGGGAACAAAUCUGCGUCCUUUCCUUUACAGGUGAUGGGCUUUGAAGUGGACUCCAUUAACUCAGUACAGUUCUCCAACCAUACAGGUUACGCGCACUGGAAAGGGCAGGUCGUGACGGCGGACGAGCUCCAUGUGCUGUAUGAGGGAAUCAAGCUCAACAACGUCAACCACUAUGACUACGUCCUCACAGGUUACACCAGGGACACGUCUUUUCUGGAGAUGGUGGUGGACAUCGUACAGGAACUGAAGAUGGCCAAUCCUAAUCUUGUAUACGUGUGUGACCCUGUCCUGGGUGAUCAUGGUUCAAUGUAUGUGCCUCAGAAUCUGUAUCCGGUCUAUAAGGAGAAAGUAGUACCAGUGGCAGAUAUCAUCACGCCUAACCAGUUUGAGGCAGAGCUCUUGACAGGAAAGACUAUCAGCACAGAGAAAGAUGCAGUAGAGGUGAUGGAUCUGCUCCAUAAUAUGGGUCCGGACACGGUGGUCAUCACCAGCUCUGAUCUGCCGCCUCGCCUUGGAGACCGCUUCCUGGUUUCACUCGGCAGCCAACGCGUUGUAAUGCCGGACGGCACGUUCACGACCCAGCGGAUACGGAUAGAGGUGCCCAAAGUAGACGCAGUGUUUGUUGGGACGGGUGACCUGUUUGCAGCUAUGCUGCUGGCUUGGACACACCAUUACCCUACAGACCUGAAGAUGGCGUGUGAAAAAACGUUCUCCGUCAUGUACCAUGUAAUUCAGAGGACCAUUUCUUAUGCCUUCGAGAUGGCAGGUCCUGGCAGAAAACCGAGCCCGGCCCAGCUCGAGCUACGAAUGAUUCAGAGCAAAGCAGACAUUGAGGAUCCAGCCAUCGUAAUGGAGGCCACUGUUCUAUAGAAACUCCACGUACACACACACACACACCAUUCCCCUCUCCCCAUGCCACAAUCGCACAAUGUAUAGAUGUUGUACAUUUUUGGAUCUGUAAUGUGACAUUGCCUUAGAAAUCUUGAACAGAGCACAACAUUUCAUUCAAAGGGAGAAAUAGCAGGGUAUGGCCACAUCGACGAGCAGCAGAGAGAGAGAGAGAGAGAGAGAAGGACAGAAUGCUGUGAUGAAAGAGAGGAAAGAGAAAAAUCUCUUUUCUUCAGCUAUUUUCCUCUCUAACCAUGUCUCCUUCUCUGCACUCAUCUCAAACCCCUGUUUGUCCUGCACAUUGAGGAAGCAAUCGCAUGCCUGUUUAAUCAAAUUUACCUGAGAAACUGCCAGCACUGAAACGAGCUAAAGUGAAGUGGUUAAUUAGCAUAUCAUUAAGCCAUCAUCAUUAAGGCAAUUCAAUCUUCACAAUGGAAGUUUUAUGUGAUAAAAUGUAGGCCAGCUCUGGAAAAAGAUUUGUAGGCCCCUCUUGCAUGGAUGUUCAGGGGGGAAAAUACUGUGAUUGUUAUUUUAUUGCACGAACACAUGCCUUUAAAAAAAAAUUGUCUUGUACCAUGGUGUUUUUUUUUUUUGUCUUUCUUUUUUUUAGUUCUCAUUUAUCUCUGCAUGCUUGAAAUGCAGGACUAGCAUUUCAACAUGUUCUUUUUAAACUGUCUUAGAAAUAUCUAUGCUGCUGUUGUUUCAUUCCAUGUUUUAAAGAUUUACAUGAAAGAAUAUUUCGAGAGCAGAGUAUUUUUGUGAAUUUUUUUUGAACAAAAGGUUAAAGAAUUUUUCACUGCUGCCUUUGCUCAUAUUUACUAAGGGUGCCAGUAUUAGUGGAGGGCACUGUAUUGUGUUAACCAGUAGCUAGCAAGCUAGCUGACAUUUGGCUAACUAUUAUAUUGUAAAAACCUGUAAUCAAUGUUGCUAGCAAGCUAGCUAACACUAGACAAGCUACUGUAUUGUGUAAAACAAGACUGAUGUGUGAAUUGACAAUAACUAAAUUCGGUCUCUGCCUACAAAAUAUUAUGCGUUUAUUCACACUUUGUUUACUCGUGUUUCAUAUCGUGAAGGAGAGUAACUGAUUCCUAAAAUCAGCUUUAGCUUUUUUUUACAAAAACGUGUUUUUUUUUGUUUGUUUGUUUUUGUUGUUGUUUUCUCUAUUAUUUUCCUACUUUUUUCCUUCACCGACUGGACUCAGUAGCUUAGCGCUAUAGUUUAAUAAUUUAAACAGUUAUAAAUAGCAGAUAUACUACAACAUUCAACACGUCUUCUCAUUUCUGUUCUGUUUUCUCAUUCAUCCAUGCUGGCCAUGUUCGACAUCUUCCUUGCCAAGGACCUGUGACUUUUUUAGCUUGUGUUGUUUCAGAAAUCGUGUCCAUGUGCAGGACCAGUCAGGGGUCAGUGUUGCUCUCGAUGUUGCACUUCCUCCUCACCUUUUCAUAAAAGCGAUGAUGUAUUAAAUGUAUGGUCUAGCGUGUAUCUGUACAUGUGAACGUAUGAACGUGUUUAAGCGGGUGGAAGAAUUGUGUGUGUAUAUAUCUAUAUACAUAUUUGUGUCCUUAGGUAAGAUGUGAAGGUGUAAUGCGGGUAUUUUGGGGACAUGUAUAUUUAAAAAAAAAAAAAAAAAAAGGAAAAAAAAGAAUCGUACUGAUACCUGAAAUUUUCUGUGGUUGCUGACCCAAGAACAGCUUUGUUUUCUCUUGGGAGAGUUAGUGAUAGACUUUUGAAAUAAAACAGCCUAAUCCGAGAUCAGCACAGGAAGAUAACUUCUGUCAGAAGCUCUUUGAAAUUGACCGUAGGCUAACUGCCUCCACAAGUACCAGGCACUGCCAAUAUGUGUUUAUAGGUUGGAUUUUGGUGGGAGUGAGGGUAUUAAAAGGGGGGAGGGGGUCCAUGUAUCGGUCUUCUUGUAAGACAGUUUUCCCACCUUGUCAUGGCCUAUGACAUCCCCGAUAGAAAUCUAACAAUAGCAAUGCGGCUCACAUUCUCAGUGGGCAAGCGAAUAUUUUUGACUGUUAUCACAGUGUUAGCGCAUUCCCUGAGGGAAAUAUAGGAUGGAAGUUUUGCAGUGUACUACAACAUUUUUGUUUGUUUCAUGUACAUAGUGUAUGUAAUAAUGUAUAUCAGUCUGUGGAAUUUGUGUGGUGUUGAUUGUAUGACUGUGGCUCAAAAGUGACCAAAUGUUACAUGUCAAUAGGGGUUGAUGAUGAGCUCCCUCAUGUGGACCGGAGGUGAGAAUGUCUUAAGUAUUUUCUAGCAUCUUCGUGAUUAGUUAGGACCCAAAACGAUCUUUAAUCAUAGUCCUCUGUUCUGCUGUUGCCAAUAUGUAGUUGGAUGUGGUACUGCCAUCACAUUGCCACCUUUUAGUGUUGUUCUAGCUAGUAAUAUGAACUCUGUAUUCUUAUGGGCCAAAGCAUUUUAUAAUGAUGAUCUAGAUCACUGUUUCCCAAUCCAGUUUUUGGGUCCAAUUUGUUUGCUGUAUGCAGCUCAACUGUAAUUACUCAACUGUAUAAUAAUCUCCCAACACACAGGCCUUUCGAACAUCUUAUUGUGAAGUUUGUUGAUGCUUGCAAGCCUUAGUGGUCAAGUCAACAUGACUAUAGACUUUACGAGCAUUACUUGCCCAGAAGGGAAAUUUGCUGAAAAAGUGGUUUACUAAUGUUAAGUAUGGAAUAAAAUUGACUGGGUGUGCUGUUACCAUAUUGAAGUGAAUUAUUUUCCUAUAACAUAACAUACCAAAGUGUUAUGUUAAGUAUUCCUCCUAUACCAUGCAAUUUGCCAAUGAUUAAAAUUUCCUUUAAUUAAAGAACAUUACAUCAUACUUUUUAUCAGGUUAGAGUCACAUUUAACAGACAUUCCCUUAUAUUCCCAGCUUUAAACACACUCUCUUUUAUUAUUUAUUUAUUUAUUUAUUUAUUUAUUUAUUUUCUCUCUCUGAGCUAAUACUUGUUUUUUCUUUUUUUAAUGCAGAUUGUUGUAUAACUUAACAAUCACAAAGUGCAAAAUCCUCUGCUUUCCCCACAGAGGAAAACUGAAAGGAAUGGCAUUGAAAGAGCAAGUUUCUCCACUUAUUGUUGGGCUUAAAUUAUAUAAGCAUCUGAUGUACCUGCAAAUGAGUUAUUACAAUGAAAACAGGUUUAGCUGCCAAUACUGUCAGAGCUGCUGUUACACAGAAUUAAUCACAACCUUCUGACUAAUCAGAACCAAGAAUUCAAUAUCUAUUUGAUAUAGGUAUUACAACAUACUUGAAGUUUGAAAAGUAAAUUGGGGUUUUUAUCUUGCCGAAUAGGUUACUGCACCUUGCUAAGAUACUGCACCUAUCUUGCUAGCCAGCUAAUUGGCAUUCCAAGUAGCUAGCAAGCUGACAUGAAUACAUAUUUCAGUGGAAAUAAAUGAGGGGUUUGUAUUCAGUUUUCAGGAUUGGGAAACACUAAUCUUUAAGCAACUCUCGUUCAUGCAUGUAACUGUAUUUAUCAGAAUAUGCCAUGCCAAAGCUGAUCCUAGAUCAGUCCAUCGUUUAAAGAAAUCUCAUGAAAUUGGUCCAGCAACUCAAAGUUUAGCCUAACUAGAAUUAAGAUUAAAUAGACUGUAGAAAUCUGUCUGACUCUAGAUUCAUUUAGGAAAUUUAGUAUAUAAAAAAUGUUUCAGCUUGAAUUUUGACAGACAGUUGGUAACGUGAUAAGUGCAGAUAAAAUAAGUCAAGAAUUUCUGGCAAAUAGAAUUAGAAAUAAUUCAUUGUGUCUUGGUCUGUCAAAGUGAUUUCAGUCUCGGUCUUUACCAGUGACCCUGUUGUAUGAACCGCUGUGUUAGCUGUAGUAUUUCUCUUUCCCCUUGUGGAUCUCCAAGUAUUUGUGGCAAGGAUCCAUAAGUGUACACUUCACGGUGUGCACUUGUAAUAAAAAGGCACUCAGCUGCCAGAUAUGAAUAAUGAUGUCAGUACUAAACAGGGCAAUGGCCAGCAUUCCCACCCUUACCUUUGUGUACUAGAAAAUCAAGUGUCAUGUCUGUGCUUUGAUAUUUUAAUUUUCUUUCUGUUGUAACUUAGUUGUUUUUUAUUGUUUUCAUUUGCUUCUGAUUCUCAUUUCUUAAUCGGGGCAAAAAAAAAAAAAAAAAAAAAACACAAUGGAAAAAAAAUGAUAAAAUGUUGUAAAUGUUUGGUAAAAGUUUAUAGUGCUUUGUUUUCUGGUUCUGAAUAUUUUUUAACAUGUUACAAUGAAGAUUGUAGUGUACAAAUCCACAUUUAUAAUAUAUAAAGUGUAUGUUAUGACGCAAUAAAAAGAAAGUAAUGAUUAUAAUACA